CAGGCGAGGAAAUGACCUAAGAGGAAACCUGGGCCGUGCAGGGAGGGAGCGGGGCCGGGGCGGCGGGGCCCGGGACGCUGCGGCGAUGCCCCGGUGGCCAGAGGACCCAGCGGGGGCGGCCGGCAGGGACUGUCGCUAGCCCCUCCAUUGCCCUGACUCUCGGCCUGAGGAAUCCAGUCAUGGGGGAAACGGGCAAGGAGGAGUACAAAAUACAGUCAUUCGACACUGAGACUCAGAAGCUGCUGAAAACAGCCCUCAAAGACCCCAGCAGUGUGGACCUGGAGAAAGUGGCCAAUAUCAUAGUGGACCAGUCCCUCAAAGACUCUGUGUUCAGCAAGGAGGCAGGGCGCAUCUGCUACACCAUCAUCCAGGCAGAGAGCAAACAAGUUGGGCAGAGCAUCUUCCGGAGGAGCCUGCUGAACCGGCUGCAGCAGGAGUACAAGGACAGGGAGGAGCUGCGCAGCCGCUCGCUCCAGGCGUGGAUCUGCUACGUCACUUUCAUCUGCAACAUCUUCGACUACCUGAGGGUGAAUAACAUGCCCAUGAUGGCUCUGGUGAACCCUGUCUAUGACUGCCUGUUCCGGCUGGCACAGCCUGAGAGCCUGCAGAAGGAGGAGGAGGUGGACUGCCUGGUGCUGCAGCUCCACCGCAUAGGCGAGCAGCUGGAGAAGAUGAACUCCCAGCGGAUGGAUGAGCUCUUCUCCCUCCUCCGAGACGGCUUCCUCCUGCAGGAGGGGCUCAGCUCCCUCUCCCAGCUCCUGCUGCUGGAGAUCAUCGAGUUCCGAGCCGCCGACUGGAAGAUGACAGACGCUGCCCAGAAGUAUUAUUACAGCGAAGUGACAGAUUAACCUCUGCAGCAGAGGGGGAGAGAUGUCCCCAGCACUUUCACCAGCAAGCUUCAUACCAAGUUUGAAUUUCUUUUCACAAUAAUGUUUUUCUAGCACCUCCUGUAAAUAGGAUUUAUACCGGCUAGAGCCUCCGGGCAGGUAACUGUCAGGCUGCCACUGGGGCUGGCCUGGCUUUGGAGGUUUGGAGGGGUGGGAAGGGCAGGGAACGUUUCACCCUGCAGCUUCUCCUCCCGCUGAUUUCUGUCCCAACGCUGGGCUACUGCCAGCAAAGGACAUGGAAGGGCUUUGAGUCAAACCAGCGUUUUAGAUGGGUGUUGAGGAAAGCAGAGGCUAGGCUGAGGACGUUUGGGUUCACCUGAGCACCAGCAGAGCUGUGGGAGGCAGAGGGAAAAUCUUUCACAGCUCAGGUUGCACCUGCUUGUCUGGGACAAGUCACAGAAAACUCAGUGGCCUCACAGACAGCUCAUCCAAGUGCUGUUUCUCCCAGGCUCUCUUUCAGGCGUGCUGGCUGCACCUGCACGCACACAGCCUCCCCCACAGGUCACAGCCACCAGUACCUGCCACAGGGCAGCCUGCAGCUUUUCUAAGUUUUAUACAAUAACUGCCACGUGUUUUUUUCAGAAUUUAGCAAGUUUCAGCUGUGGUUUCUUACAGGAAUGGGAGAGGAAGAAAGGAAAUAAAUAGUCUAUUGAUUUUUUUUUCUAAUAAAGAGUUUCCCACUACUACUGCA